UCGACGCUCCGUGGUUUGGUGUUGCUGUUUUACCUUCGUUCCGGACUAGUGAUAUCAAAGUGCACUUACUACAACCUAUCUGCAGAACAGUUUCUUGUAUCGUCCAUCAGUACCCAGACCGUGCGCAAAGUGAUCGUUUUAAGCAUAAAAGCGCAAUAUUUAUACCCAUAUCAGACAACGACAGAAGAACUUUGGACGGACAAACGAAGCACCCACAAACAAUACCACCGAAUAUUGUUCCAACGUUGAGAAGCAAAGCCUCUGUCCGCUGUCAUAUCGUAACAGACCGGCGCAUUUGUACUGUGAGUUGGCAACUUUAAGCAUCAAAACGUAUCAGCCUCUUAUCUUGCGCUAGUGAGCGUAAAUAGUUGUACAAAGAAGGGAUCCACAUCCUGCUGCAGUACCUGCCCAAUAUCUUCUCCCGGUGAGCAUGAUGCGUGGUGGAUCGUUGAUUCGAUUGGCGCAGGUUGGACUGAAUCCGGGUGUGAGGACCACGCUCGGUCGCCAUCAGCGCAUCUGGAGUCAGCAAUGCGUACGGUUGCUGAGCACCAGGCGUCAGGUGAAAUAUCUCGAGGAUACGAUCUUCCCGCCCGAGAAUGGGUUCGAGCAGAACUCACUUUACGGGAACAACAUUCCGAUACCGCACAUUACACUGGACCAUUACCUGUGGGAUCGGUUCAGCCAGUGGGCCAACAAGGAAGCUGUGGUCUGCGGCAUAACCGGACGCGGCUACACCUAUGGCACACUGCGCGAUCAUUGUGCGGCCCUUGCGAUUCGGUUGCAGCGUAAGAUGAACCUCACAUUCGGCAAUACGCUUGCCAUUUGUCUGCCCAACAUUCCAGAGUUCCCGCUCGUCACGUUCGGUGCUAUCGAGGCCGGUCUGGUGGUAACGACCAUUAAUCCAAUCUACACCGCAGAGGAAAUUUCCCGACAGCUGGUGGACAGUGAUGCGAAGAUACUGAUCGGGCUGGCUUCCAACUAUGCAGUAUUAAAAGAGGCGGCACAGCAGGCAAAGCGUGAUAUACCGAUCGUCUGCAUCCGGUGCACGAACGAUGAGAGUCUGCCAGCCGGUGCUAUCGACUUUGCCGAACUCUCGAACCCCAAGGGUAUUCACUAUAGUGAGCUGCAUCAACAUGAUCGCUCGGCGGACGAUAUCGUCUUCCUGCCGUACUCGUCCGGUACUACCGGUCUACCGAAAGGGGUCGAGUUGACGCAUCUUAACGUCGUGUCCAACAGUGAGAUGCUUGGCGCGAAGGCUGGUACUGGUACGGUGGUGUUGCCGACGACCGACACCUUCCAGGAUGUGCUGCCCUGUGUGUUACCCUUCUUCCACAUCUACGGUUUAACCGUGACGAUGAUCUCGAAGCUGCAGCAGGGUUGCAAGCUGGUAACCUUGCCCAACUUCAAACCCGACACGUUCCUAAAUGCUCUCGCCGAACACAAGGGCACGGUGUUGCAUCUCGUACCACCAAUAAUCAUAUUCCUCGGCCACCACGAAGGCGUGAAGCCAGAGCACACGGAUUCGAUCCGGAAUGUGUUUUCCGGUGCCGCACCGAUGGGUACACCGGACGCGGAACGUUUUACCGCUCGGGCACCGAAAGCUGAGUUCAUCCAGGGCUACGGAUUAACCGAGACGGCACCGGUGGUGUUGAUGGGAGCACUUGGUUCGCGUAAUUACGCCUCGGUCGGAUCUCCGUGUCCCCGCACUCAGGCGAAGAUUGUCGAUUUGAACGAUUCCACCAACACUGCGCUCGGGCCGAACAUGUCCGGUGAGCUGCUGGUGCGCGGUCCACAAGUAAUGAAGGGUUACCACAACAACCGCAAGGCGACGGAAGAAAUGAUCAUCGACGGUGGUUGGUUGCGCACGGGCGAUAUCGCGCACUACGAUGACAAUCUGCAGUUCUACAUCACCGACCGGCUGAAGGAACUGAUCAAGGUGAAGGGUUUCCAGGUGCCGCCGGCAGAGCUGGAGGAGCUGCUGCGCUCCCACGAGUCCGUGGUCGAUGCAGCGGUUGUCGGCAUGCCGCAUCCCGUCGCCGGUGAGGUACCGCGUGCGUUUAUCGUGGCGAAACCAGGCGCCCGAGUAACGGAGGACGCACUCAAGGAGUUUAUCGCGGAGAAAGUGGCCGUGUAUAAGCGGCUCGAAGGUGGUGUCACCUUCCUGGACAGUAUUCCGAAGAAUGCCUCGGGCAAGAUCUUGCGGCGGCAGCUGAAACUGGAGCACUGCCCAUAGGGCACGCGUGCGAAGGAUGGAAAACCCCGAUAUUACCCAUCUAUGUAAGAAGGGCAGUCCACUGUGGUUUUUUUCUCGAAAAUCUCAUCAUCAUCUAAGGCUCGAAGGGAUGACCCGGGAGGUGUCCGUAAAGAAGGAGAUGUUUUUGUGUGUGCUGUCGAAGAUCAUUUAUCAACUAUUUUCUCCACAGACUGUUUAGAUUGAUAGGGAACUAAGGUGGCAUUUACGCGAGGAAGCCACCGGCUGAUGGUUUCUGCGUUUUGUGUGAUGUAUGUUUUGUUAUAGGACGUUAAAACGUUGUUUUAGAUUGUUUUUAGUUUGUUGUUUCCUGCUACUUUUUCGAACCCAGUAGAGCACAUAGCAAAAAAAAAUAACACUCCCGAAUGCAGGACGGCAUAUAACCUUAAGAAAGAGAUCAUUUUUACAAUAAAAAAAAACAAAC